UCAGAUCGCCUGCCCACCGUCUCGGCCUCGGAAGCACUUCUCAGCCUGCAAUCCCGCGGACCCCGGUCUAUCUCCACCGGCCUAGAGCGACUCGAUGCGAUUCUCGGCACCUCCAAGGCUGGACUCGCGCGUGGAAACUUGACUGAGAUCUGGGGUCCUGCCGGCUCGGGCAAGACGUCUCUUGCACUACAAACUGCAACACACGCCUUGAACAAUGGGUCCUCGGUCAUCUGGGUAGCAGAUGCGACGACAGCUUUCGCAAGAUGCAGACUGAAUGACUUUCUUGCCGCCAACCCUUCCGUCAAUGCCUCCGAACCCGACAAGGACACCAGGCUGGACCGCUUCCACCCUUACUCGACCCCUACCGUCGCACACCUGCUUGCCCUGACUCUACAUCCGCCGCAAUCUUUCCCCCCGCCAGGGACUGCCCUCAUGAUCAUAGACGACCUACAUGCCAUCUUCGAAGUAUCAUACCCUCGCAAUCGCGCAAACACCUUCUCGAGCCAUAAAUCUGAAGCCGCAAGAUGGGCUGCCGGUCGUCGCUACGGCAUCAUGGGCACUCUCAUAUCUGCCUUGAAGAAACUAGCUGCCCUCAACGACAUGGUCAUCUUGAUCACUACCGGGUGUGCCACGCGCGUACGAUCCGGCAGUGGUCUAGGUGCUGUCUUGGUCCCUGGCAUGGGAGGAGCUGAAUGGGAAGCCGGCAUAAGCAACAGACUCGUCAUGUUCAGAGACUUUAGACUCGGGAGCUGGGCUCAGCAACAGCAGAAUCCAGAAAGCGCGAGAUACAUCGGCCUGCAAAAGAACAAUGGCGUGGCCUUCUCUGACGAAGGAGAAACUGGUCAAGUGAUUUCAUUCACCCUCGACAAGGACGGACUCAAGGAUAUCGUCAGUGAGGAUUCCAUUGCAGAUGCUCCCGUCGUUACACUUGCCGCGUCACCUUCAAAGAUCCGCAAGCGCCCGUAUGCCGAGAUUGCUGAUAGCACCGCAGAAGGUCGCGACGAGUACGGCUGGCUGAAUGGAGACGAGGCAGAUACCGAAGGCUUGAUUGAUGAAGCUGCACUGCUCGAGGACGACGAAGUUGCUGCCACUGCUGCACCCGAGAACCACAACCCUGCGACCAUCAUCAUCGACGACUGA